CAGUAGCCGACGCCGGCCGUCGGUCGCUGCCGAAUCUCCCUCUGACCCCUAUCUCCGACUCAACAGAACACGCACACACAGAGACACACUCACGACACACAAAACACCACAACGAGAGGAACUUUCAGAUGUAUACUGAAAUCAAAUUACUGAUAUGGAAGAUAUAUUGGACUCUACACUCUUACCCCACUUCAGAUCACUCUGCGCCAUGGCCACUACUCACAAAAUAAUCUUCCUCAUGGUUAUCUCAGCCGCCGCCUCAGCGGCCGCAGACGACUGCAUGAGAUACGACACCGAAGCCGAGGAAGGCAACAAGAGCGAAGCCCUAAAGCUGAAACUGGUGGCGAUUGCUUCGAUCCUCACCGCGGGCAUCAAAUUCCCGCUCCUCGGUCGAAAGCUGCUCGUUCUCCUCCCCGAAAACGACAGAUUCCUGAUGGUAAAGGCCUUCGCCGGUGGCGUCGUACUGGCGACGGGAUUCGUCCACAUUCUCCCCGACGCAUUUCGCAGGCUGACCCCUGCAUCAGCCACACACCAUGGGCCGAAUUCCCCUUCUCGGGAUUCAUCGCCAUGGCGACCGCCGUCACCAAGAAAAGAAGCAGCACUUCGUGGGCUGGCGACUUCGCCCAGAUCGGAGAGUUGCAAGACUCCGGGCGGUGGUGGCUGGGAGGUGUUGGGUGCGAUUCUGUAGAGAGGGAGACUCUCGAGCGGACUCUGUUCAUAUGAGGGUCCCGCGCUUGGGGUUGAAUCGGGGGGUGAGUUGGUGGCGGCGGUUCGCCGCUGCUGCAGUCCCCGGAGAAGGGAGCCGAGAAGGAAGAGAUGAAGAAGUGUGGGCAGCGUGAACUUGAACUGAAAGAGAGAAAGGAAAGAGAUAGUUGAGAGGCGACAGGGAGGGAAGCCAACGCCGUCCGGCUUCGCCGGAAAUUGAGGGGCGGCGGCGAUUGGUUGAGGAAGGAGACAUCUGAGAGUUGCGCCUGUUGAAGGAAUAGAGAGAGAGAAAGUAAUGGAGGUAGGGGUUAGGUCAAAUUAAGUAAAAAAGUGUGGUCAAAUUAAAACGUGUGGGCAAAUUAAAUAAAAAAUAAUGACGUUUUUAAUUAAUAAAAUGACUGUGUUUAGAAUCAGGUUCGGCGUAUCCACAUAGGAUUUCCAGUUGUCCAUGUCAUCAAUUUUUCGCCGGAAAAUUU